CUAACGUCUUAGAUCCUUGUUUCAGUACCACCAUACAGUCUGAGGGACCAAUACAAUUCGGAGCAAUGACACUCAUUAUAUUGUAGGUGUGUUUUGGAGUGUAGAGGGCAUUUCUCACAAUCUGUGGUCUCAAAUUGUAAUAUUGAUAAUAAUAAUAUAAGUUCAUUGUAGGUACAAGAGGUUACCAAAGCUUUGAAGGAUUGUUUUCUUGUAGUCUGAUUUGAAAGCCCAUGCUGAGACAAGCCUGUGCGUUGUUCGGAAAUCUAGCGAAGAGAAACAGUGUCCCUCUGGCACUCUUUUGCACAAGCUGUGUGAUGGCGAAGAGUAAGUUUGAAUACGUGCGCAGCUUUGAGACGGAUGACACGUGUUUACGAAACUGCUACAUCGUCGUUCGGCUGGAUGGUCGCAAUUUUCACAAGUUUGCUGAGCAGCACAACUUUACAAAGCCCAACGAUGACAGAGCUUUAGGCCUGAUGGCCCGCAGUGCAUGCUCCGUCAUGGGGGAUCUGGAGGACAUUGUUAUAGCUUAUGGGCAAAGCGACGAGUUCAGCUUUGUAUUUAAGAGAUCAACCAACUGGUUCAAAAGGAGAGGAAGUAAACUAGUGACCCAUGUGGCAUCACAGUUCUCCUCCAGCUAUGUGUUUUAUUGGAAGGAGUAUUUUGGAGAGCAGCCACUGCUCUAUCCUCCGGGCUUUGAUGGAAGAGUUGUCUUAUAUCCGACCAACCGUAAUCUGAAAGACUACUUAAGAUGGAGACAGGCUGACUGUCACAUUAACAACUUGUACAACACUGCUUUUUGGACGCUGGUGCAGAAGGGUGGACUCUCCACAACUGAAGCAGAGGAGAGACUAAAUGGAACUUUGUCUGCAGAUAAAAAUGAAAUUUUGUUUUCAGACUAUAAUAUAAAUUACAACAACGAAUCACCUCUUUACAGAAAAGGCACCACAUUGAUUUGGGAGAAGAUUGAUGAAACAUCAACUAAAAGGGUCACAUUGCCAAAGGAAGGAGAAAAGGAGGUCACUUUCACAAGGAGCAGAAGAAAAGUUACUGCUCAUUACUGCGAUCUUAUUGGAGAUUUGUUCUGGGAAGAACAUCCAGACAUUUUAGAGGAAGACGCCUGCUGAUUAUAGAUACAGUGAAAAGACUGGAAAUGGACAAAUACAUAACCUAAUAAUAAGUUUAUUUUAAUUUUUUCAUACAAUAAAGGUUUUAAAUAUAAA